ACAACAAUAAUUGCCAUGAAAUAUGAUUCCGGAAUCAUUCUGGCCGGAGAUUCUAGAGUUACCAUUGAAGAUGACAUUAUAAAUAGGUUUGCGGAUAAGAUAACGAAAAUACGUAAAAAUGUAUUCUGCUGUCGUUCCGGCGCUGAAUCCGACACCCACGCCAUAAUACAAAGGGCAACGUUUCAUCUGUCCUUGUUGAGUUUGGAAUCAAAUAAAGAACCUCCAAUAAAAAUGGCGGCGAAUUUAUUCCACGAACUAUGCUACAAAAAUAGGGAGAGCCUGGAGUGUGGGAUAAUUUGCGCCGGAUGGGAUGAAGUUGAUGGAUUUCAAAUUUAUGAUAUCCCGUUUGACGGGAUGUGCGUAGCUCAGCCAUAUGCCGUUGCUGGCUCAGGCAGCCAGUACGUAAGUUCCUAUGUUGAUUUCCAUUUCAAUGGCGAGAAUAUGAGUAGAGAAAAGUGCAUGGAAUUGUCUACUAAUGCUGUCACCCUGGGGAUACAUCGAGACGGAUCGAGUGGAGGCGCGGUCAGGAUCAUUGACGUCACCAAAGAUACGCAUGAUUCAAAGAUCUUAUACCACGAGCAAUUAUUAAAAUUUUCAUCUUACGCUAUAUAA